AUGGCUAAACAUCUUGUUUCUCAAUCUCUCCCUCUGUUUCAUCUUCAUCGGCGAGGUUUUGCUGCGGUAUCUGAUGUUUCAGCGAGACUGGGCCGCGGAAAGUUGGGAAGCAUUGAAGAGAAGCCCGUGUCAAGAGAUGGCCAAGAGGCCUGCUCGGUUUGGGUCCCGGAUCCGGAAACUGGAUACUACAGGCCAAUUAAUGGCACACCUAAAAUUGACCCGGUGGAGCUCCGACGGGUGCUACUCAAACACAAUACCAGAUCAUCCAACUAG